AUGAUCUUUUCUUGGAUUUUUCUGAUCCACACAGCAUCUAACCUGCAAGAUACAGACACCCUUAUCAUUCCUGAAGACACAAAGGAAAUAAGAGAAUAUCAAUAUGCAAAUUUGAAUAAUUUUACUAAGAUUUUGUUUCCAAAAUCAUUAGAAAUAAUUCAUGAACAUGCAUUUUCUUGCUGUAAAAAUUUAGAAAGUAUUGAAUUACCCCCAAAUCUUUCAAUAAUUGAAGACAAUUCAUUCGAAUAUUGCAAACGCAUGAAAACAGUCGUUUUUCAUUCCGAAAAUACUAUAAUUUCGCAAUACUCAUUUCAAGGUUGCUAUGCACUUGAAAUAAUUCAACUUCCUUCAAAUUUAAAAAUUAUUUCAUCACAUUUAUUUACGAAUUGCAGUAAUCUUCAAACAAUACAACUUCCUACAUCAUUACAAUCAAUUCAGAAUAAUGCAUUUUAUGGAUGUGAGAGUUUACAGCAUAUUGAAAUUCCUUCAAAUGUCACUUACAUUGGAAAGGGUUGUUUUUAUCAUUGCACAAAUCUUCAAACAAUACAACUUCCUGCAUCAUUAGAAUCAAUUCAAAACACUACAUUUAGUGGAUGCACGAGUUUACAACAUAUUGAAAUUCCUUCAAAUGUUACUUCCAUUGGAAAUGGUUGCUUUAGAUAUUGCAGUAAACUUCAAACAAUUCAACUCCCAGCAUCAUUAAAAUCUAUUGAGGGAUAUUCAUUCUAUAGGUGCAGGAGUUUACAACAUAUUGAUCUUCCUCAAUAUGCUAUGAUUGGACAAUAUUGUUUUUGCAAUUGUACAAAUCUUCAAUCAAUAAAACUCUCAUAUGGUUUAGAGAUACAGGCUGGAACUUUUAAGAAUUGUAUUAAUCUAGGAAAAAUCGAUAUUUCUGAUGUUAAAUCAAUUGAUGAUUAUGCAUUUUAUAAUUGCACAAAACUAACAUUUGAUUCUUUUUCAUCUUCGCUAAGUUUUAUUGGUAAAUUUGCAUUUUCAUAUUGUUUAAGCAUAAAGAAUAUUAAUAUCCCAACAGAUAAUAUUAGAGAAGGCGUAUUUAGUAACUGUUUUGGUCUCGAAACAAUACAAUUUAAUUUUUGGCUAUUUACAAUUGAAGAUAAAGCCUCUGAAAAUUGCAUAAAUCUUGGUGAAAUUAAAUUUUCGCUAGCUAUAAUUUCAAUUGGAAAAUAUGCCUUUUAUAAUUGCACAAAAUUAACAUUUGAUUCACUACCAGUUGAUAAUAUUUCUGAUUACGCUUUUGCAUAUUGUAAUAAUAUUAAAAGAAUUGUUUUUUUAAUAACACGCAUUCUCGAGACAGGAACAGAUGUAUUUGCAAAUUGUGCUAAUUUAGAAAGUGUUGAAUUUCAAGAUAAAUUGACCACAAUCAACAAUAAUUUAUUCAGAAAUUGUUAUUCACUAAAAUCGAUUCAAAUCCCUGAUUCUCUUAAAUUUAUAGGAAAUUCUUCAUUCCAAAAUUGCAUAUCAUUGGAAAGUUUUACAUUUACCGAAAACGUUGAAAAAAUUGGUGAAUUUGCAUUUGAAGGCUGUAUCAACAUUAAAAGCAUCACAUUCUUGAAUUCAUCAAGACAAGUUAAUAUUGAAAAAUAUUGUUUCAAAGAUUUGACAUCAUUAGAAAAUAUCACUUUUCCUUCAUCCAUGAAUAGCAUUCCUAUAGGACUCUUUUGUAAUUGCACUAGUAUUGUUCGAAUAGAAAUUCCAAAUUCAAUUACACAAAUAGACCCGAGAGCAUUCUCUCAUUGCAACAAACUCAAAGAAUUAACAUUGGGCACAUCGAUUAUUACUUUAUUUGAUGAAUGUUUUUGUGAAUGUUCUUCUCUUGAAAUUGUCAAUAUUAAAUCAGAAAAACUGACAUCAAUAGGUAUAAAAUCAUUCUUCAACUGUUAUUCAUUGAAAUCUAUUUCAUUUCCAGUUUCAUUACAAAAAAUAGAAUUACAUGCAUUUGCAAAUUGUGCAAAUUUAACAGAACUAACAUUUUCGAUUGCACUCCUUGAGCUCUAUGAAGGAUGUUUUAUUAACUGCACAUCAUUGAAAAAGAUCAAUUUACCAAAUGGUCUUAAAAUUAUCGGAAAGAAUUCAUUUUCAAACUGUUAUGAAUUGCACGAAAUUAUUAUUGAAUCAAAUUGCUCAAUAAAAGGAGAUGUUUUUGAGAAUUGUAGCAAAUUAGAAAAUAUUAUUAUUAACUCACAAAAUUAUGAUGUAUUUCAAAUCGAAUCUUUCCAUAACACAGUCAAAUCAAUCACAUUUAAUUUCUCAGUCAUCCAAUAUCCAUCAGUUUCAUCAUUCCAUCAUCUUGAAAACAUUAAAAUCUUUUCAUAUGAAAACGAUUCAUUUAUCAACGAAUAUUUCAUCACAUCAUCUAAUGUCAGCAUUUCUAUCAUCGGAAACAUCAAACAAAUUUCAGAUAAAUCAUUUUCUAAUAGUUAUAUCAACACAUUCUUGUACUGUGGUGAUCGAUCAGUUGAAGGUAAAUUCCUUUCUAAAGAUCGAGUGAAAAUUGUUAAUAUUUCAGAAUACUAUCCACACAUCAGCAUUGGUGGUGUUCAUGCUCAUAAAACAUCUGAAUGUCCAAACUUUCCUCAAAAGAAAUACUUCAAACUUACCACAUUACAUAUCGUUCUGAUUACAGUAUCAAUUGUUAUUCUUAGUUCUAUAGGUAUCACAAUUAUAAUCAAAUUUCAAAGAUAUCUAAAGUCUCAAAAGAAAAUUGAAAACAAAAUCAUGUUAGAAAGACUUGUUGAUAAGGAUUUCGGGUAA